GUAGACCUGCGAGCCGAUGUGACGCUCCGCCUGCGGGUGACAACGUCGUUAAAUCGUCUCUGUGUUUGUAGCUCCUUUGCACCGAGUGCUGGUCGUCGAAAUUCCAGCUCCGACCGCGUGGGGCGAGACAGUUCGGCAUCUCCUCGCGAUAAAGGACCUGGGGUGAAAAAAUUAAUUGUUAAAAGAAAGAAAACAAAUAUUUAAAAAAAUAUUGUAUACACUCUUGUAUACAACGCCGACUCCAAAUUCGCCUUGAGCAAGUGUUCGCUAGGAGCCGAAGCCAAUAGCAUCAUGUCACACAGCCGAAGAAGCCGAAGUGGUUCUCCACCAUCUUACGGCACCAACAGCAAUGACCCCCGUGACCUGGAGAGAAGGAUUUUUGUCGGCAAUUUGCCCACUGCACAUAUGGCGAAGAAGGAUAUGGAAGACCUGUUCAGGCCAUAUGGGAAAAUACAGGCCUUGUCCCUGUUUCGUGGGUAUGGAUUUGUGCAGUUUGAAAGGACAGAAGAUGCUGAGGCAGCUAAAGCAGGACAUAAUGGUCGGAUUUAUAGAGGUUAUAAACUAGAUGUAAAUAUGGCAGCGGAGAGACGACAGAAACCCAGGUCAAGUCCUCCACGCAGGCCUGCUGGUUAUGGAGAUAGUAGGGAGCCCCGUCCUCGUUCUCGAUCCCCAGUGCAGGGUCGAGACUCCCGCGACAGCAGGGAUGGCAGAGACUUGAGGGAACCUAGUCGAGAACCAAGGCCUGCCCCACUGCGAGACAACGACGAUGAGCGCUACAGGAGUGCAGAUGGAAGGGAUAAAGAUGCGCGAGAUGCUCCUUACAGAAAUGAUGGAUAUGACCGUUUAUACCGUGGUGAAUAUGAACAGUACCGCAAGAAAGAUGAUCCUUACGCUGAGCGCUACAGGGAGAACUGGAGUGGCAGGAGAGAGCCAGAAGAGGAGCGAAUACGGCCUGAGGAGCGCAGGAGGAAUGAGCUGUACCGUCAGUACUAUGAAGAGCUUCAGAGGCGGUACGAUGCCGAGAGACCUGUAGACUGCUCUGUCAUCGUGGUCAAUAAGCACCAGAAAGAGUACGCAGAAAUGGUAGGGAGGAAGGUGCGAGAUCUGGGCAUGGUGGUGGACCUCAUCUUCCUCAACACAGAAGUGUCCCUGACCCAGGCUCUGGAGGACGUGAGCCGGGCUCGCACACCCUUCGCCAUCAUCAUUACCCAGCAGCAUGAAGUGCAUCGCUCCUGCACAGUCAACAUUCUCUUUGGCACACCACAGGAACACAGAAACAUGCCCAUGCAGGAUGCUAUGGUUUUAGUGGCUCACAACUAUGACACCUUUAAGAUCGAGAACCGUGCCAAGGAGCGGGAUGAGAUCUCAAGAAAAGCUGCAAAGAUGGCAGAUGAGGUGUUGAUGAGAGAGCAUGACAGACAAGGCCACCCAGUCUCAGUAUUGACUGCUAUCACACUGCUGUCGGAAGGCAGGUUCCUGACUCCUCAAGAGUUAACAGUACUCAUUAACUAUCUGCAAGAUAAGCGUGAUCGUGUUGUCCGAGGCAGCACAGACCCUCACCUUGGGUCCCAUCAGUCCUCUGCAGCAGUCACUCAUGAGGCCCCUAAGCCCACCCAGGCUCUUGCCCCUGUGUCCAAUCAGACACACCCAUCCACACACACUAUGCACAGCUCCCACCUUCCUGCUGCCUCUGCUACCACCACCACCAACCAGCAGCAAGAGCUGCAGGCUAAAAUUCUUAGCCUCUUCAACAGCGGUUCAGGCUCCUCGGUGUCUCAGAGCCAGGCAGCAGUGUCCCAGCCUCAGGGCUACGGACCCACACAGGGCUCCAGCCUCUCCUCCUCCACUCUCUCCAACUUGGCCAUGUCUACCCAUGACUCUCAGGACAUGAUGAGUCCUCACAUGGGCAUUAGGCCCCCUGCUAACCGUGUAGCAGCAGCACCUCAGCAGCUCCAGAGAGCUGGAACUGGGAUUAACUUCGACAACCCUAGUGUGCAGAAAGCCCUCGACACACUCAUCCAGAGUGGACCUGCCAUUAACCAGCUGGUCAAUUCAGCUAACCUACCAGCUAGAUCAGGCCAGGGAGUGGGCCAAGGAAUGAACCAAGGAUUAAGCCAGGGACAUGGGCAAGGAAUGAGUCAAGGAUUAAGCCAGGGUCAUGGGCAAGGAAUGAACCAGGGUCAUGGGCAAGGAAUGAGCCAAGGAUUAAGCCAGGGUCAUGGGCAAGGAAUGAGCCAAGGUUAUAGCCAGGGAAUGGGACAAGGAAUGAGCCAAGGAUUGGGACAGGGGCUGAACCAAGGCAUGGGACAGGGGCUGAACCAAGGCAUGGGACAGGGGCUGAACCAAGGCAUGGGACAGGGGCUGAACCAAGGUAUGGGACAGGGGCUGAACCAAGGUAUGGGACAGGGGAUGGGGCAAGGGUCUCACUACCAACGUCAUUUCUGAAAUGCAUCCAGGCAGGCCUCUCAAAGACAUUUGUGAUUCUCAAUUGAAUUCUUUAAAAAGCAGUUCCCUUAAAUUUCUUAAGCAUUUGUUUUAUUUCUUACUUUGUGAAUGUUUUGAUGGUUAAUUGUUUAACUUUCAGAUAUCCAAUAACUUUCGAUUUUCCUUUUGGACCAGAAGGAAAAUGGUGAUUGAUAUAAAUCACUCAUGAAGAAUUUGCUGGUCUGGCCAGAUAGUUUUGGAUAUUUUCCCAUGUGGUAUUUUAUAUAAAGUGUCAUUUUGUACAUAAUGAAAUGCAAUUCAAUAAAUGAUUGACACAAAA